AUGUGGUUAAAGAUUGUUAUAAUUUGUGUUUUUGGAUGUACAAGCACUUUGACUAGUUCCUUCGAUUUGGGCGGUGUGAUAUCCGGUAAUCGCAUGGCUGCUGUACCGUUGGGUAUGACGCUGGGUAACGGCGAGCUGGACGUGGAAGGAAUAUGUGCGGAGCCUGGCUUCGCUUGCUUGAACUGUACACACGCGAUCACAUGCGUACCAUUGCCUGUUGGCUAUUUGAAGGUCCCCCUACAAGAAUGUUCUAAUGGACAAACAUGCAACGCCCACUUAAGCCAAUGUUCUGACCAGCACGUACCAGAGUGCCAAGACAUAACCCAGAAAUAUAAACACGUUUGCGAACAGGUUGGAAUAUUCCCAGAUGCCCACGACUGCAGAAAAUUCCACCUUUGUUCUCCGCCUGAAGGAUCACCACUGGGAAGACCAGCUGAUCACCGAACUGCAUUAUGUCCAAGACAUUACGGCUAUAAUCCUUCAACUGCACAAUGCUCGAUAAAACUUAGAAAGGGACAGUGUAGCACCAAACUCGUUCCAGAAUGCACAGCAAUACGUCAAAAUGGGGUACUGCCCUUAAGUCCCAAUCAUUACUAUGUUUGCCUAUCCCGAAAAGGACAUUUGGUCCCUCAAAUAUUUCUCUGUCCACAUGGCUGGAUUUUCCGUGACGGGUACUGUUAUUCAAUGCCACAAAACACAGACAGAACAGAUACAAAUCAAGAUUCUGCAACAAAUAAAGAUAUUGAAAAAUUAACAGAAAAGAACGAAGAAACAACAACAGAAGCAGCCGUGGAAGAAUCCUCGACUGCUCCUACAACUAGUAGAAUAGAAAGUUUCUUUUCGACAGAAAAAUCCACCACAUUUGCACCAGACGCAUUUUUAGCGGACAAGUUCGAUUUGACCAAUUAUGAAUCAACUGACGAUAUGGCACCAAAAACGAACUCUAAUAACUACGAUUACGCGAAUUCUUAUGAGAAUUUUUGGAACUAG